CCGAGGCUCUUGGAGGGAGGACGGAUAAACGCCGCUGACGGUACCGGAUUUGAUACCAGAGGGAGGGAGGGAUGCCACGGUGAUUUCCCUCUUUUCUCUCCCGACACCCACCUCCUUACAACAAACACCACUUAAUUCUCCUUAUCAAGACGCACUACUGCUCUGUCUAUCUUUUUUUUUUUUACCCUCUAUUUUUUCUACUCAUCUUUGAACCCGCAUGGUUGGUUAGGUAUUUUUGCCUCUGCGCUCCAGCGGAUAAAACAUAGGAGAGAGAACAUUUUGGGUUUGAGGAGAACUGACUAGGCUCUGCUUUAUUUUGUUUUUUUUCCCCAUCUCUACUCAAAGCGCACAAAAACAGAAAAACUGGGUUUUCAAUCAGUGGAUGUGUUGGACAUCUGAGGAAAGAGAGAAAAGAAGCAAUACUAGUUGAGACAAGUGAUCGUUUUCGCCUGGCUUGUAUGUAUUGGGGAAAUUUCCUUGGAGAGACGGACUGCGCACGGACACUCACUUACAAGCAGAUCUGUGUUGCCGUCUAGAGGAGAAAACCCUCAACGUGUCCGACACCAGUAAUGAGCUAAAGGCUUUGUGAUUAGAGGAGAGAGAGCGUGAACGACCUGUGAGAGAGAAGAAGAAGAAGAAGGAGGAGAAGAAAGGCAGUGACGCGAAAGACGGUGAUGAAUAUCCGUACCAACAGGCCCCAUAUCAGCUAAUGAACUAGGAAGUUCAUCAACAACAUUUCAUUAGCUAAAACAGGAUAUCACCUCAGUGGGAGCGGAGCUCCGCUGAGAGGAACCAGAAAGUAAGGGGUGGAGUGAAGUGCACGGCUGCUCAGGUUGGGCAAGAUGGCAAUGCAGAAGCGACAGGGCCUUGGGCCACUGAGGGCCUUCCUGGUGUUGGUGGGAGUUUCUGCACUCUGUAGCGUUGCAUUAGGAACCCGAAAAGGAAACGCUUCUUUGGAUCAGAGGGCCCACAAACACAGACAUCCAGGUCACAUUUCGCUGCAUAAACACAGACAGAGGGGAGGAAAGGAAGGGCAGGUACUCCACAGGUCCAAACGAGGAUGGGUCUGGAAUCAGUUCUUCGUCAUUGAAGAGUACACGGGACCUGACCCAGUGCUGGUGGGCAGGCUCCACUCAGACGUAGACUCAGGCAUUGGCAACAUCAAGUAUAUCCUGUCCGGCGAAGGUGCGGGAACGAUCUUUGUUAUUGAUGACAAGACAGGCAACAUCCAUGCUACAAAAACUCUGGACCGUGAGGAGCAGGCCCAGUACACUUUAACAGCCCAGGCCGUGGACAGAGGCACUAAUAAGCCUCUGGAGCCUCCAUCGGAGUUCAUAGUGAAAGUUCAAGACAUCAACGAUAAUCCUCCUGAGUUUCUGCAUGGGCCGUACUAUGCCAGGGUGCCUGAGAUGUCCAACGUUGGUACGUCAGUGAUACAGGUGACAGCUACAGAUGCUGAUGACCCCACCUAUGGAAACAGUGCCAGGCUGGUGUACAGCAUACUGCAAGGACAACCGUAUUUCUCUGUGGAGCCUCAGACAGGUAUAAUUCGUACGGCCUUGCCAAACAUGGACCGUGAAGCACGCCAGGAGUAUGAUGUCGUCAUCCAGGCCAAAGACAUGGGUGGUCACAUGGGUGGGCUGUCGGGGACCACUGAGGUUAAAAUCACCCUCACAGACGUCAACGAUAACCCUCCAAAAUUCCCACAGAGUGUAUAUCCCAUGUCUGUAUCAGAGGAUAAAGUGCCAGGAGAAGAGGUGGGCCGCCUUAAGGCCAAGGACCCCGACCUCGGAGACAACGGACUGGUGAACUACCGCUUAAUAGACGGAGAUGGAAUGAGCAUGUUUGAACUGAGCACUGACUCUGAGACCAGAGAGGCUGUUAUUAAACUGAAGAAGCCAGUGGACUUUGAAACAAAAAGAUCAUACACCUUGAAGGUGGAGGGAUCCAACCCUCACGUGGACCCUCAAUAUCUGGCUUGGGGGCCUUAUAAGGACGAAGCCACAAUAAAGAUAUCAGUAGAGGAUGCAGAUGAGCCUCCUGUGUUUGUAGCUCCCAGUUACACUUUUGAGGUAGAAGAGAAUGCGCCUGAAGGCACCCUGGUGGGACGAGUCCAUGCCAAGGACACUGAUGUUGCCAACAAUCCUGUCAGGUACAUGAUCCCUCGCUACACAGACGUAGAGCAGUUCUUCAGCGUAAACUCAGAAGAUGGCAUGAUUACCACAACAAGACCACUGGACAGAGAAACACAGGCCUGGCAUAAUAUAUCGGUGUCAGCCACAGAGAUAGGAGGCCACCACCAAGACACCAAAGUGCGUGUUAACAUCAAAGUGAAAGAUGUAAAUGACAACUCCCCAGAGUUCGCUACCAACAACGAAGUCCUGAUGUGUGAAACUGUCGCACCAGGGAAGGUUAUUGAAACAGUAAGUGCAGUGGACAAAGAUGAGAUGGCUCACAGACAACACUUCACAUUCAGCCUCGCUCCGGAAGUCGCCCACAACCACAACUUCUCCCUCAAAGACAACAGAGACAGCACAGCAAGUAUCUAUGUGCUCCGUAAAGGAUUCAGCCGUCUGACCCAGGACGUCUAUUACCUUCCCAUCGAGAUAAAUGACAACGGGUUCCCUGCUAUGAGCAGCACCAACACCCUGACCAUCAGAGUCUGUUCCUGUGACAGCAGAGACACCAUCCUGUCCUGUAACGUGGAGCCCUACGUCCUACCUGCUGGUCUCAGUACCGGGGCAUUAAUAGCUAUAUUGGCCUGCAUUGUGAUUCUGCUGGCAAUAGUGGUGUUGUUUGUUGCACUGAGGCGUCAGAAGAAGGAGCCACUGAUCGUGUUUGAAGAGGAGGACAUCAGGGAGAAUAUUAUCACUUAUGAUGACGAGGGAGGUGGAGAGGAGGACACGGAGGCUUUCGACAUCGCUACACUGCAGAACCCGGAUGGUGCCAACGGUUUCCUGCCAAGAAAGGACAUCAAACCGGAGCUUCAAUAUCCCAUCCGGCCCGGUGCUGGCCAUACUGCAGCCAACAGCGUUGAUGUCGAUGACUUCAUUAAGACUCGAAUUGCAGAGGCUGACAGUGACCCGACUGCACCUCCAUACGACUCCAUUCAGAUCUACGGAUACGAAGGCAGAGGAUCAUUGGCUGGGUCAUUGAGUUCCCUCGAGUCUGUCACAACAGAGUCUGACUUGGAUUAUGACUAUCUGCAGAGUUGGGGGCCGAGGUUUAAGAAGCUGGCAGAUUUGUACGGGACCAAAGACUGCUCCAUUAAUGAUGGGGAUGAUGGUGAAGACUCUUAACAGUGGUCUUACUGAGUGGACGCCCCCGACUUCUGAUUUAUUGAUUCCAUGAGGAUUUGUUAACUGAGGUUUAACACUUCCCAGUACCCGAUUGUUACCAACUACAACCUGAUCAGUUCAUGCCAAUUUGUCAACGGAUGUUAACAGCUCUCCCUCCCAUGGCGCCUCCUUGGUCCUCCAAGAUGAUUUGUUAAUGAACACAUAAUGAACGCUUGGACUCAAACAGCUCCCAGCUUUUUUCCAAUUCUCUCCUUUCCCACAUAUGUCUUUUUCCCUCUCUCUUUCUACAGACUUGAGCAUCGGAGGGCUGGAAGAUUUGUUAUGUCACCAGUUUGUCGGUUUGAGAGUAAACUGUUGGGGAAAAAAUGUUGCUGUAUGAUCAAAAUGACUUGCUUAUAGCCAACUGUUUAGUUUAUUAGAGGUUAUCUAUACUUUUGUGGACUGGAUUCACGUACUUCCUCAAAAGGUUCCUGAGAGAUUUUAUUCCCAUAACAGGUUCCACAGUCGGCUUUAUUUUCCUUAGCUCCACUCUUUGUGGUGUAUAUAAAAGGACACGCAGAAAGAGAGUAAGAGAGAGAUACAAACAAAUUGAAAGAAAAAGUUACUAUGGGAUCCAGCAACCGCCUGAUGUUAUGAAAGAGAAAUAAAAGGUAAUGAAGAUUCAAAGUUGUAUUUGUUUGUGCAGAAUUCAGCAGGUACUGUGGUUUAGAUAGCGUUACAGACUCUGGGUUGUUGAUACUUUGAAGACGCUCAAGGCAUCUUCACAGUAUGGUGGCCUUAUAAUAAAUAUUCAACAACUCCAGGGGUAAACACAACAAGAGUAAUGAUGGAGACCGCUACCUUCAGCAGCUACACGCAGACAGAUGAACACACAAGGACUGAGUAUCUGUGAAAAUACUACACAAAUACUGUUUUUAUUUUACUCCCAAAAAGAAAGAGACAGAACCUGGAUUCAAUUUAAAGACUGUGGAUGAUUUUUUGUUUUCAUUCUUCACGGCAGAGAAGACGUGAAAAGAAAAGCUGCCCUUCUCCACGCCCCUGUGUCACCAUUCCUCCCAUCAACAAUCACUCCCCAUACCGAGUCCACCAAUGAAUGAUCGCUUCAUCAUUCAGAGUCCUCCAAUGAUGAUCAAUCACAAUGAGUAAAAACCUGUGAGCUCUAAAAAUCGCCUUAAACUUAAUGGACACUCUUGCAACGCAGUGCAUUCUCUUUUUUUCUCCUUUUGUUUCUUUUUGUAACUUGAAAAGUAUACUCAGAAAGCAAACUCUUCUCCAUGUUAGGUAUGUACAGAGCAAUGUGCAGACAUGUGAUAUAACACUUUGAGGAUCCAACUUGCGCCUCGUGCACUCUUAAAAAGGGGAUGUGCCGUUUCUGCCAGUGCAGUAAAUGUAGACCGGGAAAAUGUGCAUUGUGUUUUUUCCCCAACACCACCUAUGUUGGCAGCAACAUCUGUUGUAUCAACAUGUGUUGCUAUUUAAACAUAAGAUGUGCACAUUGGAAAAUAACACAAAGGUGUGUUUACUGAGCCACAUAUACGGAGAGGCUGAAACCAGAACAUCCUUUUUAAGUGUGUAGAUUUGUGUUCAAUCUCUUUUUAAUGUUAUUAUAUUAUUAUGAUUAUUAUUGCUGUUUUUUUAUUAUAAUUAUUAUUAUUGUUAUUAUCAUUAUUAUGACAAUAAUUGUUUUCUCUUUGGCUGCAGCCACACAGGAACAAAUUCAUGUUUAACUCUUUGCAGCUCGGAUUUGAUGUUCUUUUGGUUGUCUAAACAUGGAGAGACUACAUACUAUUCGAUUUUCAUUUUUGGACAGCUAUAAGAAAUGCACUGCCAAAAGUUAAAUGUCAGCUUUGGUUCAUGCCUGUGUGAAAACACCCUCUCUAAUUUCCUUUGUUUUUGUUUCAUUUUCUGUUUUCAUUAUUUGGCGUUUCUUCGUUCUUUCUCCCUGUUCAAGAGGAAAACUAGCAAUCUGUGUUUGUUGCAGUGAGAGAACGCCUCGUUUUUAUUCUCUGUCAAGUUUUAUGGUACCAAUUUGUACAAUUUUAAAAGUUCUUAUUUUAGUAUACAUGCAGAAUAUUCCAGUAUUACAACAAAACAUGUUAAGAAGAUAAGAUUAAAAAAAAUGUUACAGCAUCACACUUAUAUUUUCUGAACAUUGUAAUGUUGCUUUACUAUGUGCUUCAAUCUCCGAAGCGAAAAAAAAAAACUUUGAAAUAAAUGCUCUUUUUAUAAAAUUGUA